GGAAGCUGUGGUCGCCAAGGAACUGAAGGAAGUUCUUUAAGUUCCACAUCUGCCGUCCAAACUUUGAAGACGUGGUAUUUGCUCACUCGCUCGCUGCUGCGCGUUCACUACAACCUUUUCGUUUGUCACUUAUUAAAUAUUUUCUCCCUUCGAGGUCCAGUGGACAACAGAGACAGACCGUGCACGAUGUCUGUUGCUGGGUUUAGGAAGCAGUUUUACAAAGCCAGUCAGCUGGUGAGUGAGAAGGUCGGCGGUGCAGAGGGAACUAAGCUGGAUGAAGAUUUCAAGGACCUCGAAAGGAGAGCAGAUGUUACCAGCAAAGCAGUAGUUGAAGUCAUCAGCAAAACAACAGACUACCUCCAGCCUAACCCAGCCUACAGAGCUAAACUGUCUAUGCUCAACACGGUGUCCAAAAUCCGUGGGCAGGUGAAAAGUCCUGGCUACCCGCAGUCCGAGGGCUUGCUAGCAGAGUGCAUGAUGAAAUAUGGAGCGGACAUGGGCGAGCACAACAACUUUGGUGGCGCUCUCAUGGAAAUUGGAGAAUCGAUGAAGAAGUUGGCCGAUGUCAAGGACAGACUGGACAUUGAUGUAAAGCAGAAUUUUAUUGACCCGAUGCAAGGAGUCGCUGAGAAGGACAUCAAAGAUAUUCAGCACCAUCUGAAGAAGAUGGAAGGCCGCCGCCUGGACUAUGACUAUAAAAAGAAACGUCAGGGUAAAAUUCAAGACGAGGAGAUCAGGCAGUCCCUGGAGAAGUUCCAUGAGUCCAAAGACAUGGCUGAGAGUUCCAUGUACAACCUGCUGGAGACUGAUGUGGAACAGGUGAGCCAGCUGGCAUCUUUUGUGGAAUCCAUGCUGCAGUACCACAGAAGCGCCACAGAGAUUCUGGAGGAACUUUCUGCCGAUUUGACGAAAAGGGUGAACGAAUGUCAGUCGCAACCAAGGCGCGAGUACAGACCCAAACCCAGACAGAGCUUUGACUAUGGAGAGCCUGAGCAGUCCAAUGGAGGUUACUCACCCGCUGCAACAAGCCCUCCAGCUUACUCCCCAGCGGCCGAGCCAUGCUGUAAGGCGCUGUACGACUUUGACCCCGAGAAUGAGAACGAGCUGGGCUUCCGCGAGGGGGACACUAUCACCUUGGUCAGUUACAUUGACGAGAACUGGUUAGAGGGAAAGCUUCGUGGCAAGACAGGAUACUUCCCCAACAACUAUGUCGAAGUGAUUGUUCCACUGUCAGAAUGAACACAAUGCGGCAUGAUAAAAUGGGGAAUGUAAGCGGGAGGAUUGUGCACAAAGCAACAUGUUUGUGAGAAAAAUAAGCAUCUCAUGAGGGCUCAUUUUGCUAUCCUUCAUCAUUUGGUCAAAAAGCAUUGUGUAAUUUUUCACAGAUUUCAUUCAGUUUUUCAAAAGAAGGACCAAAGGCUUUUAAGUUAGAAAACUGUCAGUGUAAUGUUUGGGUGCAUUUACUGCACUCCCCAGUCUUCGACCUGUAAUGUACCUGUGCACUUUUUACACAAGUCUAUUAUCACUUGAGAGAAAUCUAUCAGGAAGCUUUCCCAACACUAAUAAGUGCACUCAUUUUAGUCAUAUAUUCACUAUGCAAUUAGAAUCCCUUUUUGUUAUUAUUGUACACUAAACACGUUUUCUUUUUAGUUUUUUUUCCCCUUCUCCCCUGCUGGAGUUGUUAUAAAGGUCAGCUCUCUUUUAGCCAAUCCAGUACUGCCACCUACUGUUGUUCACGUAGACUAACCCAGUGUUUCCCAACCAUUAUUGAGCCAUGACGUGCAAUAUCAAUGGCUGAAACGUAACAUCUCCGAUCUGAAAAAUGUCCUUUUUUGUUUUGGAAACUAAAAAAAUAUACUUGUUUUCUUGAAUAAUGCUAGUUGUAGAGAUCCUGUUUAUCAAGUCGAAAAUCCCACAGAUAGGGGGUUUUGCAUCUUGGCCAUUUAUAUCUCACGGCAUAUCACCAAACAAAAUGUCACAAAUGGUGUAUAUGUACACCUAAAUAAUAAUGGAGACACCGUUCUUGUUGGAGAAUAUUUAUUUUUUCUGCCUGUCACUAUAUUGCAGUGGCAUAGAAUGAUGAACAAAGAAACAUUGUUUUUAGUAAAUAAAUAAUUUCCCGUGGCACCGUGGUUGGGAAUCACUGGACUAAGCUACAGUUGAUGUCACUUUAUGGGAGCACUAAUGAUAUUUCUUGGAUGUAUAAUCCAAACAAAACUGAGCUUUUAUUUACCAAAAGAACACCUAACAGGUCAUGUUUAAUGCAUUUUAAAUGCACUAAUUGUACGAUUUGUCACAGCUCUAGCAUUGUUCUUUUGCACUCUACUUCCCCCCCAUAUUUAAGAUGAUACCUAACCGGUUCCGUUUAACACUAAUAAAAAGGAAGUGCAUCCAUCCAUUUUCUCUAACGCUUAUCCCCAAUAGGGUUGCGAGCGCUGCAAAAUUAAGUAAGAGUUUCGCUAUUUUUUUUGUCUAAUGUACCCCAACCAUGGAUAAUAUAUAGGUGGUGAAAGUGUAAAACCAAGGCCUUAAACAUCUUUGCUUCAUCUCCUUUACUCAGGCUUGAUUGAUGCUGCUGGCAGUGUCGCUUAUGUUUUUCAGGCGCCGAGCCAACUGUGUGUCAGUGAAUUGUUUGCCUGUGAUUUGUUUUUGUCAAGAUGCUGGACGAACCAUAACCUUUUUCUAUUUUAACCUUGAAUUGGAAGCAUGUAAAUUGCUCUGUGUAUUGUGUCAAACUGCACCAGACCUGACUGAUAAUGCAUAACCCAUCUAUUGUACAUGGAGUUGACCAACUUCAGCAAGCCCGAGACACAAUGCCUGUUUUCAUUUUGAAUUACAAGCAGGCUAUGAAUUGUGAUGGGCCGCUCAAUUCCCCAAAAUGCAGUAUUUCACCACCCCACUCGACUCUGCCGUCACUGUUUAAACCUUGAGUGGAAAAGACAGUUUUUUUCAGGAGGAAAGACACAGCAGUGGAUUAUGCACCCCCUCGUCUUUAUUCACCACCUGCCCCCAGUGACCCUGCCCCCAUCCCAAUCCCUUGGUGCCUUUUGGAGCUCUGGUUCAUCCCUGGAAUAAUCUUGUGGCUUUAUAUGCAUCUAAAUGUUAUGUUUGCAUUCCUCUUGAUGCCGUUCGUCUUAUUUAAGAGGGUUGUUGGCGGGUGAUGUCUGUGCAGAGGAAUAACUACAGUACAUGGUUCAGGUGUGUGUUUACAUGCCUCAUGACACUAAAUCAAAGCAAUUGUGGAGGGGGCUUAUCUUGGAUAAUAUUGAAGAUGAAUAAUGACUAGGAACAAAGGACUUCAACUUGUGGGCUUCUUUGUCGUGGUUUUAUAGAGGCUGCAACUGGCCUUUACUACAACACUAAAUUCCAAAAGUUAUUAAAUGUUGCACCAUUAAUGAAGGAUGUUUUUUUUUUUUAUUGUAUUUAUUGUUUUUAAAUAUAUAUCAUACUUUAUGUUCUGUGUCAAAAUAUAACCUCUUUGCAUGCGUCCUUAUUUCUAAUAUCUGUCUUAAACGUCUUUCGUUGACUGUGACGCAUUGGGAGACUAAAAGUGGGAUUAUCCUGGAUUAUUUUGAGGAUAUGUGGAUUACCUCUUUAUGAUGUUUAAUUUUUGUUAAUUUUAUGUAUUAUAUGUAAAAGGGGAUGGAUGCUGUCUUAUUUGCUUAUUCAAAUAAAUAUUGUCAUACUGAA